AAGCACUGUGUCGUUGAAAGGUCCGCGUUGCCUGUGUUUACAUUUUUCAUAUCGCCAUUCUUUUGAGUUUAUUUUAGAAGUAAAUCUAUUGUAUUUUGUAUUUCAAAUGGAAACGGUGCCUUGCCUCCGUGUGUCUCGUUGCCGUGCUCAGCAACUCAGGGAACAGCUCCAAUCCCUAGAUUUCCUAGACCGAAGUUUAUGUAUAGUGAACGAGCCUGCUGGGACUGUCCUUCUGCCCAUUUUACCUUCAUCUUUACCACGACUUGAUGUGACGUUUCUAAAAGAAGGGGCAACAGUUUGGUGCGAGCCUUCUCUGCUGUCCAAGAAAGAGAGAGCCCAGAGGAGAGGUGAUGACCUCGAGAAUUUCCUCCAGGAGUUGGUGGAAGCUCAUGGAGAAAGUUGGACGAAGGAGUUGAGGGAGGAUCUGCCCCGCAGCUUCCAGCGGCAUGGAGAUUUAGUCCUGCUGGGGCACAACUGUUUCUCCCUGCCUCUAUGGAAGAAAAUGGAUCAACGGCUGUGGCGCGCGGUAGCCAAAGGCCUGGGAGCCAAACGACUGGCGAAGAUGAGUCGAAUAUCCAGCGACGGCUUCCGAUCUCCUCGAGUGACCGUGCUGCUGGGAGAGCGGAGCUGGGUCAAACAUGUGGACAAUGGCAUUACGUACGAGUUUGAUGUCACCAAAUGCAUGUUUUCUGCUGGAAAUAUUACAGAGAAGCUGCGAGUUGCUGGAUUCGACUGCCGGGGCGAGACGGUGGUUGAUUUGUAUGCAGGUAUAGGAUACUUCACACUUCCAUAUUUGGUCCACGCGAAUGCGGCACAUGUCCACGCCUGCGAGUGGAACCCACACGCGGUCGAGGCUCUGCGUAAAAACCUAGCGGCCAACAGAGUACAGGGCCGCUGCACAGUUCACCCAGGGGACAAUCGACAAGUCCAGCUGUGCAACGUUGCAGACCGGGUGAACCUGGGUCUCAUACCAAGCUCCGAGGACAGCUGGCCAGUCGCCUGCCGCCUGCUGAAGAAAACGACUGGCGGUGUUUUACACAUUCAUCACAAUGUCACGUCACCGAACACCGCUGCCUCCCAAGAAAGGGAUGGCGUGGACUACAGCGUAUCUGGGAAGAGAGCUGACAGAGCGGCAUGGCGGGCCUGGGCUGAUGAUACCACGAACCGCAUCGCGUGUCUCUUGAAAGAACUCACUGCUACCGUGUGGAGAACCAACAUCCAACACAUUGAGCAUGUGAAGUCAUAUGCGCCUCGUGUACAUCAUGUUGUGCUGGACUUGGAGUGCAGACCGGCCUGAAUGGGCUCUUAAUUCCCCAAAUCUACAUGUGUGUAUUCAAAAAUGAGAGGUGGGGUCAUCACACUCACAUUCAUACAAUUCAGUCUUCAACGGACCUAAUGCAUGUUUUUGGAAUAUGGAAGGAAGCCGGAGUACCUGGAGAAAUCCCACACAAGCGCAAAGAUAACAUGCAAACGUCACACAGGAAAGCCCGAGUCGGGAGCUGAACCCAAA